GCAAGGGCCCUUCGCUUUCGGUGGUCUGAAGCGAGGCACGCGGCCUCUGCUCCCUCCGCAUCCAGCCAACUAGCCACUAGGAACAUGGCGGCAAUGAAUGGGAAGAAGAAGGCCAUUCACAAGACCACGGCCACUGAUGACAAAAGGCUUCAAAGGACCUUGAAAAGUGUAGGAGUGAACACCGUUCUUGGUAUCAAAGAGGUCAGCAUUGUCAAGGAUGACGUAGUUACCCAGUUUCGAAUUCAGAAGUGCAAGAAUCCAUCACUUCAAACACCUAGGUUGUCUGUGGAACACCACGGACUAAAAAAGAUCCCACUGCGUCGCCUUUCUCCCAACGGCUGCGCCGAUCGACCCGUACCUCUAACCAAUUGAUUCGGCAACACAGAGAGGAUGCUUCAAAGAAGCGUGAUGAGGAAAAAGCCGGAAUGACAUACAAGAGGACCAGGGAUGAACCAUGAAGAUGGCAGUUUGCGUCAGCUGGACAUUUUGUGUAAUGGAGCCAAAAUAAUGUGUCUUUUAGCUAUCAUUUUGUAAACCUUGUGGUAUCUUGUCAACUGGGUAUUAUGUGUAAUGGAGCAAACAAUGAAUAGAGGUCUAUCAUUUUGUAAACCUAUCAGGUGUUUUGGUGGCUGAAACAUAAAUAUUUCCUCAU